CACAUGUGGAGGAUUCAGCAUCAGCAGUGUUACUGCUGUCUGUGUAAAUGAGAAGCAAGCACGACACGUCCUGAAGGGGGGCGCAUAGGAGAGCAUGUACAUGGAUACAGCUCCGUACAACUCAAAGUUGAGAAACCCUAAAGAUUUGGAGCAGCAACAUUCUGUAAACUGCUAUGCUGAAAUAGAACACCAGUGAACAGCACGGAAGGAUUCUGAAGGAAAUGGAAAAGUCACCCGGGUUAUUCGCAUGGGAACCAGGAAAAGCCAGUUGGCUCGAAUCCAGACGGACAGUGUGGCAGAGAAGCUGAAGGAGCUGUAUCCUGACCUGCAGCUGGAGAUAGUUGCCAUGUCGACAAUCGGAGACAAAAUCCUUGACACCGCAUUAUCAAAGAUUGGAGAGAAGAGCUUAUUUACCAAAGAACUGGAGAAUGCCCUUGAGAGAAACGAGGUGGACCUUGUAGUGCAUUCUCUGAAAGACCUGCCUACCUCACUGCCACCUGGCUUCACUAUCGGCGCUGUUCUUCAACGUGAAAAUCCCCAUGAUGCUGUGGUGCUUCAUCCAAAGAAUGCUGGACUCACCUUGGAUGGUCUGCCAGAAAAGAGUGUGAUUGGCACAAGCUCACUCCGCAGAGCGGCCCAGCUUAAGAAGAGAUUCCCUCAACUGGAAUUUGAAAACAUUAGGGGAAACCUGAACACUCGUCUGAGGAAGCUGGAUGAGAAGGAUGAUUACGCUGCCAUCAUUCUGGCUGCAGCUGGUUUAAAGCGCAUGGGCUGGGAAACCCGCAUCAGUCAGGUCCUGGGCCCUGAAGACUGCAUGUAUGCUGUAGGCCAGGGGGCACUGGCCAUAGAGGUGAGGGCGAGAGACCGGGACAUCCUGGAGAUGGUUUCUAUCUUGCACCACCCUGACACUGUACUGCGCUGUAUAGCAGAGAGGGCCUUCCUCAAACAGCUGGAAGGAGGCUGCAGUGUACCAGUUGCUGUGUACACAGAGAUGAAAAACUCUGUGCUUUAUUUGACAGGUGCAGUUUACAGUCUAGAUGGUUCCGACUGCUUGAAGGAAACUAUGCAGACCAACAUAGAACUAGACAACAAGGUGCCCGAGAGCGCAGAAGAGAACGUCCAUGUUGGAAUAACAGCAAAUAACAUCUCUCAGACGGCUCUAGAUGCUGCAGAGAGGCUGGGCGUGGUCCUCGCCAAAAUUCUGCUUAGUAAAGGAGCCAAGGACAUCCUUACCACAGCCAGACAGCUCAACGACGCCCGAUAAUGGCUCUUCUCAGACACGGCGGUGUGCAGGCCCCUCGGGAGAUCUCUGACCCACACAAGACUUUUAACACUGUCAGCUUGAAAACUGCAUACAGACACCCACCACAUUCAGAGUCAUUGUCACCUCAUGCAUAGUCUGAUUAUAUUUGUAUCUAUCAGCAUGUAAGAUAUCCAGUGCCAGAGCAGGAUGAGUACAGUGCUGUUUAACUGGAAGUAAGAAAAUGAUUGUACGCCUCCGUAUAACAGUAUGACCACCAUGAGGAUUAUUCUUUUAGCACUGCUAUUUGUACCUUGUCUACACUGAGCCUCAGGCAAAAAUAGUUCAUUUGGAGCUGAAUAUCAACUGUGAUAACAUUUUAUUUAUCAGUUAUGACAAGUAUUUGUAACCAUAUUAUAUGUCAGAUGGUCUCUGCUCUUUCGAUGUGAUGGACUUUUGUCCACCGUAAAAUAAUUACUUUUAGUAAUGUGGGACGAUUUCAUAACAUCAGGCAAAUCUGCAGCCACGUUUACUCCCAAAUGCUUCCUCCAUUUAGCCUGAAUCUUUAGUGUCUUUUACAGUGUCAUUGUAAAAACACUGGGUGCUACUUUAUUUUAGUGGACUUGGGCCUACCUACUUCUGCUAUCCACUGCCAAGCCCUUAGGAGGCCCUGACACAGAUUAGGCCUAGUGGUGCACUAAAAAAAGAUUUUGAGUGGUGAACCCCCAUAAGCACUAUUAAUUUAGGGCCUGGCCUAAUUUGUGUUCGGGAAACCGCCCUUUAUUGUUUAAUGGGCAAACAGGACUGUAACAGUAACACUCUCCCAAGAAAGGUCCAGGCAGUAAGAUAGACCUUGUACUGGAUAUCAUUUGUGGCCUGGGUCCUCUGAAAUUGCCAGGAGGCUGAUUAAUCUUCAUGUAUGUUGUUCUUACUCCUUGAAAUGUGCCUUAUUGUGGUAAUGCAGUCCUGAGC